AUGAAAACAUCGGAGAAGGUCCUAGAAUUUAAUGAACCAGUUCCUGAGAAGCUUUAUACACGCGUUUUUAGGACAAUGUCAACAAUGGAAUCUUAUGCCUCCAAUUCCACAAUCAACUCCAAUUUCUGUUCAGACUACAACAGCUGGCUUAAGUCCUUUUAUUCUUCCAAAAUCAAUGAUUUUCUCGAAUUUCAAAACACCUCACAUAUUAAUAGUUAUGUGAUAACGAUGAAUAUAGUAUUAAGUGCUAAGAGCGAUGGGUUUGAUGAGUAUGACGACGUGUUGUUUGAGCCAUGUCUUCUGGACUGUCACACAGAGGAGGGGUUUGUUCUAACGGCAUCCCACUUGAUUUUGCACAAGAUUAGGCGAAAGCUGUCGAAGUCGCCUGACGUGACGGUUAAAAUUGGUCUUUCUGGAGGAUCUACUCCGAGAGGAAUUUACCGAUUUCUGGGUAAUAUGAAGGACCUGGAUAUUGACUUUAACCGUAUAAUAUUCUUCCUAGUGGACGAACGUUAUGUACCGUCAGACGACGAAAUGUCGAAUAUCAGACUCUUGAGAAACACCCUGCUUAAACACUGGCCAGUUCCCGAGUCUAACUUAGUUUUCCCUGACACUUCACUUCCAUUAGAAGAAUGUGUUAAGAAAUAUGAAGCUGAUUUGGAAGCUGUUUUCGGAGUUGUUACUACACACGUGAAUUCAAAUACAGAUCCGGCUCAUCGAGUGGCUGGAAAAAGUGAAAUGUCGAGUACUGAAUUUGAAUCAUUUGACCAUUCGUUUUAUAAGCCCAAGUACUCAAUAGUCCCUGAUUUGGUUACAUUGGGAAUAGGAGAAGACUUCCAUAUCGCAGGGCUUUUCCCAGAAUACCUGUCAACACUAGACUCAUCAUACGUUACUGACACAUUACACAGAGUUAUGGCAACUUAUACUGAGACGACAGUAGUGAGGGAAAGGAUCUCAUGUUCCCUACCAUUCCUCUCAUGUGCCCCCACCAAGUUAUUCUUUUUGAAAGGAGAACGGAAAAAGAGGAUUUGGAACACAAUGCUACAAUAUAGACAUUACGACCCGAUCCGCUUCCCAGCCACGCAAAUCUUUACAAAGCCAGGCUGCAUAGCUGUUCUAGAUUCCUCAACCAUCAGGAAAGUGCGCCUCAAAAUUCCAAUGGACCAAAACGACUUUUUAACCUUCAUUCUAUUUGGAAGUGGAGGAGAUCUUGCCCGCAGGAAGAUCUAUCCGGCGCUAUUUCACCUGUUCUACCUGGGCUUUUUACCACACAAGUUCCACAUUCUGGCAAUCUCACGCUCACACAUCGAUUUCGAGGAGUUCUUCUCGCAAAUCUCAAACGACAUCUUCUCCUCAAUAAAUACUAACAUCUUCAUAAGGAAUCCAGCAAUUCGGUUUGAUUUCCCGUCAGUCAUUACAGAAUUCAAAAGUCGAUGCUCAAGAAUUUGUUUGAAGUAUGAUGACUCGAGCUUUUUUGAUCGUUUUACGGAAAAGGUGCGCGAAAUCGAUCGAAACUCAGUGACUUCCCACAGAAUGGUGUACCUCGCAACGCCGUCAGAAGCAUAUCAAAACAUAUUAAGAGUUGUGACCUCGUGUUGCAAGCCAGAGAAUGGAUGGUUUAGAGUGAUGUUAGAAAAGCCGUUUGGCAGGGAUUUAAAAUCAUGUGAAGAGAUUGACCGAUUUCUGAGUGACCAUGUGGCACCAGACGAGACCUUUUUGGUGGACCAUUAUCUGGGGAAGCCAGUGGUGAGUUGCAUCUUGUCAUCCAAAAUCUCUACCAAGUAUUCUCGCAUUUUUAAUCGCAAAUAUAUUCGAAGCGUCCACAUACUGCUGAAGGAGGAGAUUGGCUCCUUUGGAAGAGAUUACUUCGAAUCCUACGGGAUCAUAAGAGAUAUGAUCCAAAACCACGGAAUGCAGUUAUUAUCGCUGAUUGCAAUGCACUGUGAACAUAAGAAACACUUACCGCAAAAUAAGUUUUCUGUUCUCAAGUGUGUUAGAACUGUCCAGCUCAGCGACCUAGUGAUAGGUCAAUAUAGUGAGAGUGAAAAGGGUUGCAGUUACAGAGCUGAAAAAGGUGUACCAAAGGAUUCUUUGUGUGCAACAUAUUGUACAGUAGUGCUUUGGGUGGAUAAUGAGGACUGGGAAGGCGUGCCAUUCGUGAUCACAUCAGGCAAGGGCCUUGAAGACAAACUCGUCGAGAUCAGACUAGCCUUCAAAUGUGAUCCUCCCAAAGACAUCUGCUACGAUUUCGUUCCCACGCACCUUGUCUACCGGAUCCAACCCCAGCCAUCAGUCUUCUGGCGAAAAGACUUCACCGAGGUCAAGGUCGGCGAGGUCAAGGACUCCUACGCCUCUGACCUUGAAAAUGAGAAGUACUUCAACACUGAGGAGAAGAUUCUGGUCGAUGUUGAGGCCUCAGCAGCUAAGCGCACAAUUGAAGGUGCCUACGAAUUGUUAUUCUUCUACGCGUUUUCCAACAAGAGGGAUAUUUUCCCCACGAUAAAGCAGGUUAACGAGGCAUGGAGGAUAUUCACUCCAGUUCUAGAGGAAAUCUCAGAAAAGAAAGUUGAGCCCUUUUUGUAUCCCAGAGGUUCUCCAGGUCCCAAAGAAGCUGACGCUCUUCUAUCCUUGCUAUAG